AUAGCUGUUUCGAUAGAUUUGCCCAGCGAAUAGAUUUGUCAUUUCCAAAGCCGUGUGAAGCAAUAAAUUUAGAAACAAAUAGGAUCCCCACCAAGAUGAAACCGAACGAAGCGAGAAAAGAACAUAGGAAUAAACUGAACCAUCUCUCCAAAACAUGGGGCCAGAACAAGUUUAAGCCUAAAAGGUAUAUGAAACCGGAAGUACGACCCGAGCCACAGGCCACCGCUAAGCCGUGGCAGCAUGUCAAGAACGACAUUAUUGACGACUCGGAGGACCGCGGAUACCAGGAUGUGGACAGUAAAGACGCCAAGAAGUUCAUGCAGCAGCGGGAGCAAAACCACCGAAGAAAUAUCAUAGAGGCCAGCAGAUCAGAGGCAACCAAAUGGGAGUCUUUCGAGGACGAGCAGCCUUCUACUUCGGACAAGAAGUUCAAGGAGAAGGUUAAGCCUUCCAGUGACAGGUCCCACUUGAUUACCACAGCAGUCAAUGACUUAACUUUUGCGCAGCGUAACUUUUACAGAAAAGCCAUCACGUCGAGCCUUAAACAAACCGAUUCAACCUCAAAUUUUAAAAAUGCUAUAUAUGAUUUGAAAAAAAAUCAUCAUAAAAUUCGCAAAAAUGAACGAAAAAAUCCGUUUAACAAUAAGGCCAAGGGGAAGGGGUCCUAGAACUGUAUAAAAUUUGUCAAUAAACUCGAACUUUUAAACAAA